AUGGGGAGCGGCAUCCUCAACGCGCGGCCCUCUUCCUGGCUCGCAGCCGUGGCCGCCGCCGCCGCCAAGCCGGCCAGCUUCCCCAGCGUACACGCCGUCCUCCUGACCUCUGGCCACCUCUCCUCCCGCGCCUCCGUCAACUCUCUCCUUCGCGCCGCCCCCUUCCCCUCCGCCUGCGCGCUUCUCCUCCGCCUUUUGCUCCUCCACCGCCUCCUGCCCGACAACAUCUCCCUCUCUUUCUCCCUCCACUCCUGCACCCGCGUCCCCAGCCACCCGAUCACCAGCCUCCUCCAUUCCCUCGCCGUCAGGCUUGGUCACUCUCGCGACGUCUAUGUGGUCAAUGCCGCCGUCUCCUCCUACUUCACCGCCUCCGAUGUCGCCUCCGCCGACCGGCUCUUCGCUGAGAUCUCCAACGAUGUCGCCGACGUUGUUACCUGGACCACCAUGGUCACCGGGCACGCCAGCGCCGGUAGUCUUGGGCGGGCGAGGAGUUUCUUCGAUGCAAUGCCCGAGAGGAACGUUGUUUCUUGGAACGCGAUGCUGGGCGCGUACGCUCGCGCCGGGAUGCUGUCCGAGGUGCGGAAGCUGUUCGAUGCAAUGCCCAACAGGAACGCUGCCACUUGGAGCUCUAUGAUCACUGGGCUCGUGCACUCCGGGCACUGCGAGGAGGCGUUGAGGGUGUUCAGUGAUAUGGUCAGUAGUGGUGUCGUGCCUAACGAGGCCGCGCUGGUGAGCGCUGUCUCUGCAUGCGCGCAACUGCGGUCAGUGGAGCACGGCGCGUGGGUGCACGCGUAUGCAGAGCGGGAGCUGCAUGGGGCCAUGAGCAUCAUCCUUGCCACCGCGAUCAUAGACAUGUAUGGAAAAUGUGGGAGCAUCUGCAAUGCUGUCAGGGUGUUUGCUGCAAUGCCCGUGAGAAACAUAUACUCCUGGAACUCAAUGAUCGCUGGGCUUGCAAUGAAUGGUGGCGAGAGGCAGGCCUUGUCGCUCUUAUGGAAGAUGCAGAUGGCCGGUGUUCGACCAAAUGACAUAACUUUUAUUGGGUUGCUGAGUGCUUGCAGCCACUCGGGCCUCGUCAAUGAGGGCCGCAGGUUGUUUGACAGUAUGAUUGAAGACUUUGGAAUACAACCAGUCCCAGAGCAUUAUGGUCUUAUGGUCGAUUUACUUGGCCGGUCCGGUCGUGUUAGGGAGGCAAUAUAUUUCGUCAAGAGUAUGCCUGUGGAACCUCACCCUGGCUUAUGGGGUGCGCUAGCUAGUGCCUGCAAGAUGCAUGGAGAGGUGGAGCUUGGUGAGGAGGUUGCUAAGAAGCUCAUUGAACUGGAGCCUCGGCAUGGCAGCCGGUACAUUCUCCUGUCAAAUCUUUAUGGCUCUGCGAAUAGAUGGGAUGACAUGGCCACUGUGCGCAAGCUCCUCAAACGCCGAAAGGUCCCCAAGGGAACUGGCAACACUGUGGUUGGAAAUGACAUCCAGCAUACAGAAUGAUUGAAUACAGUAGUCCACUCUUGAUAAGGAUUUAUGACUGCUUCGUACUGGUAAGGGUAUUGAGACUUUGAACUGGUUGGGCAGAGGAGCAACAUGAACUCCACCACCUAGUGGAGAUUGAUGCUGAAACAGAAAUCCUGACAGAGGAUAUAUAUAUGUCAACAUAUGCCUAAUGCUUUCUUGCUCGUGUUGAACUGGAUUUAGUACUUGCACAUACAGGGAGCACAACAGCAAAAUCCUGGCAAGAAGUGCAGGUUAGUGCUUGAAAAAUGAACUCAAUGGGCAGAAACUCAAGAAUUUUUAUGAUUAAAGUAACAAUUUUGUAGCAUGAACAGUAUGUUAGGUGAUUCAGGUUCAUGGAAGGAUUCUUCUACUAGUUACCGAGCCUUGUUUUUUGUAGCAUAUUGAUUAAAAGUGCAGUUCAAUCAUACUCACU